UAUUAAAAGUCCAAUUCAACAGCAGUAAUGUGUGCUGGGGGAGACAAAUGUGUCUCCUGAUUUUGUGUUGGUAAAACUAGUGGGGUUUAUUUUAUUUAUUUAUUUUUUUGCCUAAACAUGGCGGGAACCACUGUCAGACUCUUAAGGAUUUCUUUAGCACUUCUUGGCUUUUGUAUCUAUGGCCAUGUUGGAAGUGUUGGUGGCUUUAGCAUUGGAGGUUAUCCUGGAUACUAUGAGGCUGGCCUCCCUAUGCAGGAUGAUGUGAAGCCACAAAGUUCUAGCUGGUAUGGCCAAGGAGAUGUAUCGGAUCCCAUCAGGCCACUAAGAUCCAAGAAUAUCACUUACAGUGCUGCAGUUAAGGGAGCGUAUAGCAGUGUAAGCUAUAGUCCUCAAACUGGUUCCUAUGGCUCUGGUCCAGUGACAAAUAACCUUGGUUCUGAAUCUGAUGCUAGAAGGCAAACCCAAGGCUCUCUGAUAUCUUCAAGUGGCAGUUUUGUUUCUGGGUCUCUGGGCACUGCACUGAGUACAAGUGUGAUUGGUGAGUCUGCACCCAAGCCAGCACAGCUUAAUUCUCAAACUGUAGUGCAGACUGGUAAUGAGUCUGUAGCCUCUAGUAGCCAGCAACCAGUGCAGACUGGCUCCCAGUCCAGUGGUAAACAGCUGGCUAAGGGCCAAUUCUUUACCAAGCCCCAGAGAAGUAGACUUCAAGUUGGUUCCAGGCUUUCUUCUGUUGGCAGGCCUAUCCUGACCUCAAGUCUUGGCCAGCAGUCAGCACAAGCCAGCUACCAGUCUGCGGCUCAGCCUGGUGACCAGCAACCAGCACAAGCCAGUUACCAGUCUGUGGCCCAGCCUGGUGUCCAACAACCAGCACAAGCCAGCUACCAGUCUGCAGCUCAGCCUGGUGACCAACAACCAGCACAAGCCAGCUACCAGUCUGUGGCCCAACCUGCUGCCCAACAACCAGCACAAGCCAGCUACCAGUCUGUGGCCCAACCUGCUGCAACAACCAGCACAAUGUCCAACAACCAGCACAAGCCAGCUACCAGUCUGCAGCUCAGCCUGGUGACCAGCAACCAGCACAAGCCAGCUACCAGUCUGUGGCCCAGCCUAGUGUCCAACAACCAGCACAAGCCAGCUAUCAAUCUGCAGCUCAGUCUGCUGCCCAACAACCAGCACAAGCCAGCUACCAGUCUGUGGCCCAACCUGCUGCACAACCAGCACAAGCCAGUUACCAGUCUGUGGCCCAGUCUGCUGCCCAGCAACCAGCACAAGCCAGCUACCAGUCUGUGGCCCAACCUGCUGCCAACACCAGCACAAGCCAGCUACCAGUCUGUGGCAGUGGCCAAGCCACAAGCCAGCUACCAGUCUGUGGCCCAACCUGCUGCCCAACAACCAGCACAAGCCAGCUACCAGUCUGUGGCCCAACCUGCUGCCCAACAACCAGCACAAGCCAGCUACCAGUCUGUGGCCCAACCUGCUGCCCAACAACCAGCACAAGCCAGCUACCAGUCUGUGGCCCAACCUGCUGCACAACCAGCACAAGCCAGUUACCAGUCUGUGGCUCAACCAGCACAAGCCAGCUACCAGUCUGUGGCCCAACCUGCUGCACAACCAGCACAAGCCAGUUACCAGUCUGUGGCUCAACCAGCACAAGCCAGCUACCAGUCUGUGGCCCAACCUGCUGCACAAGCUGGUUACCAGUCUGUGGCCCAACAACCAGCACAAGCCAGCUACCAGUCUGUGGCCCAGCCCAGUAUCCAGCUACCAGCACAAGCUGGCUAUCAGUCUGUGUCCCAGUUUAGUGGAAGACCAGGACAGGUUCGUUACCAGGCUUCGCAACCCAGCAGCCUGCAGUCAGCACAAGUUGACUACCAAUCUGUGUCCCAGCCUGGUGACCAGCAACCAGCACAAGCUAGCUAUCAGUCUCCAUCUGAGCCCGGUGGCCCACAGUCCACACAAACCAGGUACCAGGCUGUGUCCCAGCCCAGUGUCCAACUACCUGCACAAGCUCUCUAUCAGGCUGUGUCUCAGCCCAGUGUCCAACUACCUGCACAAGCUGGCUAUCAGGCUGUGUCUCAGCCCAGUGUCCGACUACCUGCACAAGCUGGCUACCAGUCUGCGCCCCAGCCCAGUGGCCUGCAGUCAGCACAAGCCCGCUACCAGUCUGUGGCCCGACCUAGUGGCCUGCAGUCAGCACAAGCCAGCUACCAGUCUGCACCCCAGUCUAGUGGCCUGUUGUCAGCACAAACAAGUUACCAAUCGGCACAGGCUCGUUAUCAGUCUGUAGCCCAACCCAGUGGCCUGCAGUCAGCACAAGCCAGCUACCAGUCUGCACCCCAGUCUAGUGGCCUGUUGUCAGCACAAACAAGUUACCAAUCGGCACAGACCAGCUCG